GAGCAGUGAGCGGAGGGUCUUGACGCACAGCCGGACACUCUUGGACACGCCGUGAACUUUCACUGCUGGAUCUCACCGAGCAAACCGUAAUAAUUCAUAAAAGAACCAGACCAAUUAGCGGAACUCUGCUGGAAUACUGACCGGAAAACUUUGACCGUUGACCACACCAACACGCCGCGGUCCGGUCAAAGAAGCCCGGAGGCCAGGGUGCCAGGGUGCCAGGCCCGGAGCAAGUUCCAGUGUGUGGAUGUGUGUGAGUGUGUGAAUAUGUGUGUGAGUGCCUUUAAGUGAGCGCCUUUAGACUGCUGUGUGCCAUUGAGUGAACAAUCAUCUUGCUGUGUGCGUGUGAGGCUUGUGUGAGGAUGAGGGCCGUCGCUCUGCUGUGUCUCCUGCUGGUCGCUGAGGUCGGAGCCUCUCGCUUUGUCCGCGACUCCCAAGGGGGGCCUGAAGCUUCAGAACCCUCCAAGAGCAACGCUUCCGUCCCGCUGCCACCCCCACAGCCGGGCCGACCGCGGGGCUCCUUCCCCCCCAUGUGCAUAAAGCCAACAGAGAUCAAGCAUGCCUUCAAGUACGUGAACACCAUCGUGUCCUGCCUGAUCUUUGUGGUGGGGAUCAUCGGCAACUCAACGCUGCUCAGGAUCAUAUAUAAGAACAAGUGUAUGAGGAAUGGGCCAAAUGUCCUUAUUGGAAGCCUGGCACUGGGGGACCUGCUUUAUAUUGUCAUCGCCAUCCCCAUCAAUGUGUUUAAGCUGAUAGCUGAGGACUGGCCGUUUGGCGUGUACAUCUGUAAGUUGGUGCCAUUCAUUCAGAAAGCUUCGGUGGGAAUUACCGUCCUCAGCCUGUGUGCCCUGAGUAUUGACCGCUACCACGCAGUGACGUCAUGGAGCAGGGUGAAGGGGAUGGGGAUCCCCCUGUGGAAAGCAGUGGAGGUGACUUUGAUCUGGCUGAUUGCUGUGGUACUGGCGGUCCCUGAGGCGCUGGCAUUUGAUAUGUUGGAGAUGCCAUACAGAGGCAAUAAGCUGCGUGUCUGCCUGCUGCACCCAGAACAGACCACCAACUUUAUGAAGUUCUACCAGGAUGUCAAAGAUUGGUGGCUGUUUGGCUUCUACUUCUGCUUCCCACUGGCCUGCACAGGAAUCUUCUACACACUCAUGUCCUGUGAGAUGCUCAGUCGUAAAAAAGGCAUGCGCAUCGCACUCAACGACCACAUGAAACAGCGGAGGGAAGUAGCGAAGACGGUGUUCUGCCUGGUGUUGAUUUUUGCUCUGUGCUGGCUGCCCCUUCAUCUCAGCCGUAUUUUGAAGAAAACAAUCUAUGACCAAAAUGACCCCAACCGCUGUGAACUGCUCAGCUUCCUGCUAGUGAUGGAUUACAUCGGGAUCAACAUGGCCUCCCUAAACUCCUGCAUUAACCCGAUUGCCCUCUAUUUUGUCAGCCAGAAGUUUAAAAACUGCUUCCAGUCUUGCCUGUGCUGCUGGUGCUACAGAACGUCUCCCCUGGACGAACGAGGUUCAGGAGGACGCUGGAAAGGCUCUUGCCACGGGAACGGAUUAGACCGCUCCAGCUCCCGCUUGAGUCAGAAAUAUACAAGCUCUUCGUAAACACACACAUACACACACGCACACACGCACACACACACACACGCAAAUCACAUACCUCUUCUGCCAAACCCAUAUUCCUAUCAGCUACUAUUACGGAGAAACAGCGUCGUCACUGCCAACAGACCAGCGAUCACAUCCAAGUCAGGAGGGAAAAAUUCAACGAGGUCAAAGUCGCUUCUACAGGACUCACAGCAGACUGAAAGACUCUGACAUGAAAGGAUUGACCCUAACUCAUGAAUGAAGUAACAGGACUGUACCUGUUCAAUACUAACUGCAACACAAAUGAUGAAACCAACGCUACAUAAAUCAGUUCAUACUCCGACACUGAGGCUUUUGUAGAGGACUAAAAUCUCUCAGUGGACCAUUAUGGUAAAUCCAGUUAUAGAGAAUGUUUAUUCAAGCCACAUGUAAAUUUAUGUACAGUAUUAUUUACAUGCAGAUUUUAGACUUAUGAUUAUAUCUAGCCUUAGUGCAUCAUGUAUGAAUAACAGCACUGAUGAGUGCAACCUGUUGAAGCUUUAAUACCUCACGGGGAAAGAUAAGAGGGAAACUGUGUCCCUGAGUUAGUUUCCAAAAAGCCUCAAAGGUGCAAAGACUUUUUAUAAGUAAAUAAAUAAAUAAAUGCACGAGUGUGCCUCUGCAAGUACAGCAUCAGUAGCUGAUUAUGAAACAAUCAAGUGCAUGUUGUCACUGCUCGGCACCCAUGUGCCCUGAUGACAUCAUAACCGAGUAAAAUGGGCCCCAGUGUGCGUCUUACAGUCAUGUGGAGAGUCAAACAUCGGAACUCUUUUAUCUGGAAAUCAUUGCAGCGUUAAGUCAUGUGGAGGGCAGCUGUUGUCCUAGAACACUGACAAAUACCAGAUGAUUCCCAUCAUGCCACACAGAAGAGGUCAUUAUUAGUGCUAAUAUUAUUGCAGUGCUCAUGCUGUUGUAAGUGGUCUCCACUGUGUAUAAAGUAUUAACUUGUCUCUUACAACGUAGCUUCUAUUUUUCUAAGAAAAUAUCACAAAACAUGUGAAGUUUGUUUCAUCUUCCUGUGUUCAUUUAUUAUUUUCAAGUAUUUCAUCUCUAUCAGUGAGUGGUCAUGUUACAUAGAUAGUUCCUGUGGCUGGAAAUUACGUCUAAGAGCUGCCUAAGGAAUACAUUUUCUAUAAUGGAUGCAUUUAAAGAAAAAAAGACAUUUUGUACAGCCGGAUGUUUUUAAGAAGUGAAUGUUUUUAGCAGAGAUUAAAUUUCUUCAACUACAUAAUGAUCCUAGAAAUUAUAGAGAACUAUUAGCUCGUACCAUUCAGUAUAGUAAACAGAUAAAUCAGGGUCAAAUUCAGGCUCUCUGAAUUGAUUUAAUGUGGUUAAUCGACAUAAUAUGCGAGUGGGUGAUGCAGGCUAAAAGAUUCUCAUAGUGAGAAGUGAAGAAUGUGGGGUGCAACACAACAAGACAAUGUGUUCCUAAUAUUUUAUGACGUCUGGAGCUAGAGGUGGCUGGAAGCACUCAGUAAUCACAUAACUGUGACAAAUCCUGUGACGCUAGUACAUGAAGAAAGUACUAUUUACACAAUUUGUGGAUCUUAAAAGUCAGACAUGAGGAGAAAUUGCAUUUUGUGCCAACUAGUAGCCUCCAGUCUGAGAGAGGGAAUACAUGCAUUUUGUAUUCAUAGUACUAUCACUUGGGGAAAGCUGCAUGCUACAAUUGAAUGUAAGCAAACUUUAAAACCUAAAUAAAUCAACAUUUUUAACACUAGCAGUGGUGAUGAUACACGCACAAGAUGAAUCCAUUUGAUCUGGUGCUUUUUCAACUCUCACUGCAUCGUGACCAAGAUAUGGUCUCGUAUAUUCUGUCUUCUUAACCAAACUAGUAGGAAAAGUGUGCUCUUUUAAAACCAAAUUUUUGUUAAACAACCAGACAAUGUGUUUAAUGACACUGAAGCAUUUUAAAAAGGCCAGGAUUUCUGUGUAAUAUAUUAAUGUUUGGACCAAAUACCACCGUAUUACGAGUUUGCAUCAGCUCUCAAAUCAGCUGAUCAUGUAGUAUGUGACUCAUUAACUGAUAGUAUCUAUCUAUCUUCAUGCCAUCUCUACCUGGCCUUUAGGUACAGCUGAAACCAUCUGUACUGGAGGGUCUGAGCAGCUUCGCAAGUAUCUUCAUAGAGGGACCACCAAGCUAAGACAUCAAGAAGUAAUUUGAGGUUGAAGAUAAAAUGUGAAUAUGGGCCCUGUUGUUUUGAAUUACAUUUAUACUGUACGUAUUUGUUGAGAGUAUGCAGUAAUAAAUAUUAUUUUAUAGCA